UACGUUUCCUCGGAAGAAGGCUCCUUGGUGCUUUGAAGAACAUCCUGAAGAUUAUAUAGGAGACAAUAUAUCAAGAAUUUAUUUAUUGAAUGGUCUAGAACAAAAGCCAGGAGCUCCCUAAUGGAAGCACAUUAGUGUUUAUUUUGAUGAAGAAAUAUAUAGAUUUUUUAACACAACCAUAAAGUAGAUAGCUCAGUAAAAAAUCAAUUUUGGAAGAUGUCACUGAACAACUCUUCCAACAUAUUUCUGGAUUCAGUGCCCAGUAAUACCAAUCGCUUUCAAGUUAAUGUCAUAAAUGAGAACCAUGAGAGCAGUGCAGCGGCAAAUGACAACACUGACCCACCACAUUAUGAAGAAACCUCUUUUGGGGAUGAGGCUCAGAAAAGACUCAGAAUCAGCUUUAGGCCUGGGAAUCAGGAGUGCUAUGACAAUUUCCUCCAAAGUGGAGAAACUGCUAAAACAGAUGCCAGUUUUCAUGCUUAUGAUUCUCACACAAACACAUACUACUUACAAACUUUUGGCCACAACACCAUGGAUGCUGUUCCCAAGAUAGAGUACUAUCGCAACACCGGCAGCAUCAGUGGACCCAAGGUCAACCGACCCAGCCUGCUUGAGAUUCAUGAGCAACUCGCAAAGAAUGUGGCAGUCACCCCAAGUUCAGCUGACAGAGUUGCUAACGGUGAUGGGAUACCUGGAGAUGAGCAAGCUGAAAAUAAGGAAGACGAUCAAGCUGGUGUCGUGAAGUUUGGAUGGGUGAAAGGUGUGCUGGUAAGAUGCAUGCUGAACAUCUGGGGAGUCAUGCUCUUCAUUCGCCUCUCCUGGAUUGUUGGAGAAGCUGGAAUUGGUCUUGGAGUUCUCAUAAUUCUUCUUUCCACCAUGGUAACUUCUAUUACUGGGUUGUCAACUUCUGCAAUAGCAACUAACGGGUUUGUUCGUGGAGGUGGGGCCUACUAUCUUAUUUCCAGAAGUUUAGGGCCCGAGUUCGGUGGGUCAAUAGGCCUGAUCUUUGCUUUUGCUAAUGCAGUGGCUGUUGCUAUGUAUGUGGUGGGAUUUGCUGAGACUGUAGUAGAUCUUCUUAAGGAGAGUGAUUCGAUGAUGGUGGAUCCAACCAAUGACAUCCGGAUUAUAGGCUCCAUCACAGUGGUGAUUCUUCUAGGAAUUUCAGUAGCUGGAAUGGAAUGGGAGGCAAAGGCCCAAGUGAUUCUUCUGGUCAUUCUUCUCAUUGCUAUUGCAAACUUCUUCAUUGGAACUGUCAUUCCAUCCAACAAUGAGAAAAAGUCCAGAGGUUUCUUUAAUUACCAAGCAUCAAUAUUUGCAGAAAACUUUGGGCCACGCUUCACAAAGGGUGAAGGCUUCUUCUCUGUCUUUGCCAUUUUUUUCCCAGCAGCUACUGGGAUUCUUGCUGGUGCCAAUAUCUCAGGAGAUUUGGAGGAUCCCCAAGACGCCAUCCCCAGAGGAACCAUGCUGGCCAUUUUCAUCACCACUGUUGCCUACUUAGGGGUUGCAAUUUGUGUAGGGGCCUGUGUGGUCCGAGAUGCCACCGGGAACAUGAAUGACACCAUCAUUUCUGGGAUGAACUGCAAUGGUUCAGCAGCAUGUGGGUUGGGCUAUGACUUCUCAAGAUGUCGACAUGAACCAUGUCAGUAUGGACUGAUGAACAAUUUCCAGGUCAUGAGCAUGGUAUCAGGGUUUGGCCCCCUCAUCACUGCGGGAAUCUUUUCUGCAACGCUUUCCUCCGCCCUGGCUUCCCUUGUCAGCGCACCCAAAGUGUUCCAGGCUCUGUGCAAGGACAACAUCUACAAAGCUCUGCAGUUUUUUGCAAAGGGAUACGGGAAAAACAAUGAACCCCUGAGAGGAUAUAUUCUCACUUUUCUUAUAGCCAUGGCAUUUAUUCUUAUUGCGGAACUGAACACCAUUGCUCCCAUCAUCUCCAACUUUUUCCUGGCCUCAUAUGCACUUAUUAAUUUCUCCUGCUUCCAUGCCUCUUAUGCCAAAUCUCCAGGAUGGAGACCUGCGUAUGGAAUUUACAACAUGUGGGUAUCUCUUUUUGGAGCUGUUUUGUGCUGUGCAGUCAUGUUUGUCAUCAACUGGUGGGCAGCUGUCAUCACCUAUGUCAUUGAAUUCUUCCUCUAUGUCUAUGUGACUUAUAAGAAGCCAGAUGUGAACUGGGGCUCCUCCACACAGGCUCUUUCCUAUGUGAGUGCUUUAGACAACGCUCUGGAAUUAACCACAGUGGAAGACCAUGUAAAAAACUUCAGGCCCCAAUGCAUUGUCUUAACAGGGGGACCCAUGACAAGACCUGCUCUCCUGGACAUAACUCACGCCUUUACCAAGAACAGUGGCCUUUGCAUCUGCUGUGAAGUCUUUGUGGGACCGCGCAAACUGUGUGUUAAGGAGAUGAACGGUGGCAUGGCGAAAAAACAGGCCUGGCUUAUAAAGAACAAAAUCAAGGCUUUUUACGCUGCAGUGGCGGCAGACUGUUUCAGGGAUGGUGUCCGAAGUCUCCUUCAGGCCUCAGGCUUAGGAAGAAUGAAACCAAACACUCUGGUGAUUGGAUAUAAGAAAAACUGGAGGAAAGCUCCCUUGACAGAGAUUGAGAACUACGUGGGAAUCAUACAUGAUGCAUUUGAUUUUGAGAUUGGUGUGGUUAUAGUCAGAAUCAGCCAAGGAUUUGACAUCUCUCAGGUUCUUCAGGUGCAAGAGGAAUUAGAGAGAUUAGAACAGGAGAGACUAGCAUUGGAGGCGACUAUCAAAGACAAUGAGUGUGAAGAGGAAAGUGGAGGCAUCCGAGGCUUGUUUAAAAAAGCUGGCAAGUUGAAUAUUACCAAGACAACGCCUAAAAAAGAUGGCAGCAUUAACACAAUCCAGUCGAUGCACGUGGGAGAGUUCAACCAGAAACUGGUGGAAGCCAGCACUCAAUUUAAAAAGAAACAAGAAAAAGGCACAAUUGAUGUUUGGUGGUUGUUUGAUGACGGAGGGUUAACACUUCUUAUCCCCUAUAUCUUGACUCUCAGAAAAAAAUGGAAAGACUGUAAAUUAAGGAUCUAUGUCGGAGGAAAGAUCAACCGCAUUGAAGAAGAAAAAAUUGCAAUGGCUUCCCUUCUGAGCAAAUUUAGGAUAAAAUUUGCAGACAUCCACAUCAUUGGUGACAUCAACAUUAAGCCAAACAAAGAGAGCUGGAAAGUCUUUGAAGAGAUGAUUGAACCAUAUCGUCUCCAUGAAAGCUGCAAAGAUUUAACAACUGCUGAGAAAUUAAAAAGAGAAACUCCAUGGAAAAUUACAGAUGCAGAACUGGAAGCAGUCAAGGAAAAGAGUUACCGCCAAGUUCGACUGAAUGAACUCUUACAGGAGCACUCCAGAGCUGCUAAUCUCAUUGUCCUGAGUCUUCCAGUGGCAAGAAAGGGAUCCAUAUCGGAUUUGUUGUAUAUGGCUUGGUUGGAAAUCCUCACAAAGAACCUCCCACCUGUCUUACUAGUUAGAGGAAAUCACAAAAAUGUCUUGACAUUUUACUCUUAAAACAUGAAAGAUUAGAAUACAUUUUACCUUAAUGUAUAUGCAUAAUUAAGAAACAUGUUCCAGUACUUUAUGUUGUAAUCUGAUCUGUGGAUAUGCAAACCUCUGGAGAUGAUCCUACCAGAUUCUACAUACAUUGCAUAAUAUUUAUCAGUUAAUGCGAGCUUUUUUUUCUCUUCUCAGCUUAAGGGGUUGUCAAAGCCAACGCUAUCCCUAGAAAAACAUUUUUGUCACUGCUGUUGAUAAAAACGAAAAUCAAGGAAAUUCAUGUUAGCUUAUGCUCAUGAAAACCACCAAUGUGAUUGUAAACUUCUCUAGACAAACGUAAUCUUUUGUUUCCAGAGUGUUUGCUCCUCAGCCCUGGUAUAGGUCUCAGCCCCACAGCAGGAUCUCAAUAAAUGCUUAUUGACAGGCUGGCAUAGUAACCACAGGUGGUUAUCAAAGGAAAAGACCAAUAGGCUGGAGAACAUAAUUAUGCUUGGCCCCCUCAGAUGCUUAUACCUACAAAGCAGAUUUAAAAAUCAAUAACUCAAAACUUUAAGAAGUACUUGAGUCUACAAAAUGUUCAAAGCAGUUACCUAAAUAAGGUUAUUUAAUGUAACAGAUUAUAUACUUAAAGUGAUCUGAGCGAUCAUUGAUAACAUAUGGCUUAAAUUUGCUGCUGCCUGAAAAGUAUAUUAACUAGAUUAGAAGACACCAUAUACUCCAGUGAAAUGAAAUAUAUUCUAUUCUCAAUGUAUAAACUUUAAUUGUACUCCCUAUCAAAUACUUUGAAAUUUCCAUUACAGCAUUACUUUGCAUAUUUUUUCUAAUUAAAUGGUUAGUACAGAUGAAAUCUUUAUAGAUGAGUACUUGAAAACUAAGUGCCACCAAUUUUCAAACCCUUAUUAAGAAAUAUAUCCUGAAUCAUAUAUUUAGUUACUUUCUAUAGUGAUUGUAUGGAUUUAAAAGAAUAAUUAAAAUGUGAAGUUGAAAAACUUGUAAAAUUUGGAAUAUACAGAUACUGAUUUUUUUCAUUUUUGUUAGUACAUCUAUAAUACUUAAUCAUAUUGACAAACCAAUGAAAAUAUUGUUUUUCUGAUGAAUGGCUUGAUUUUGCUCCUUGACAUGUUUUGACUGUUCAUUCUAACUGAAAACAUAUAUGGGAAAAUAUGAACCUGAAAUAAAAGCACUCAAAUUCAA